AUGGCCACCGAUCGGUUGGGUGGUGUGGCGGGGUGGGGUCGGGGCGGGGGUGUGGUGGUAUCACGUGUGUGUUACGGCAGCGUGAGCGAGGAGCCGGCGGGGAGGAGCGCGGCCCCCGCGGCCCCCGCUGCCCCCGCACCCGCCGCCAGACGACUCAAGACCUGGACCGAUAGACUUAAAUAUUGUAGCGGUAGUGGAGUGAUGUACUGGAAUUCUGUAUGUGAUGAUAUGAAUGUAGCUAAACAAUUUAGUGCGUGUUUAAGUGAGUUAGGUAAACGUAUAACCGUGGGCUGGUGGUCCCGCAGGCCCAUACUGAAGAUGAGCGGCGGGGCCGACUCCAAGUACAAGUCGCGGUACCGGGCGACGGCGAGCGGCCCGGACCCGGCCAACAGGCAGGGCCCCAACGACAGUUUGCUCUUGUUGGAUUAUUUGCCGUGGAGCGGGCCGAGAACGGAGUGCUGCAGCGGUUCCACGGUGGUAGCGGAGGGGCCGGAAUCUCGCGACAAGUCGUCGACACUGGCGCGCGGUCCCGCGCCGGCACUCGCCAAGGGACCCGCAGGACUCGCAAAGGGGUCCAUCUAUCAGAACAUCAACAAGAAAUCUGCCAAAUUUGAGGUUUUCUCUAACUGA